GGAACGCAAGGAGUGGCCAAGUUGCUGACCUCAUCCAUGAUUGGAGGAGCCGGAGGAAACGCAGGAACGCCACCAAAUCUAAGUCAGCCGACAAAGUGCAAUACCGUCUCCGGACUCAUUACCCAGUCCUCUUCCCCAUCACUAACUGUACUGACUCCAACUUACAAGCCAAAUGGAGGAAAAAUGCCAACACCCACCGCCUUGGGCCUCAUACCCACCAUCCACCCUUUCCCGCUACAUGUCAUUUACACCUCAGACACAGUCCAAAAAUCCUCAAAAGAUGCCAUAGUCACUGGUCCAGCUCCAGGCACUUUUACCCAUGGACUUGCACGAAAUCUCCUGGGUGGCCUUCAUCCGGCUGCUUCAAUUCCACACCCAGCUCUGUCCGGACAUUCACAGCCAGCACAGACAGAUGGUGCUCAUGCAAAGACUCCAGUCCCCCCUCCAAGGAAGCUUUAAUUUUUUGGACCAAAUACAGCGACACAAUCUUAGGGACAAUGUCUGUGCACUACUUUAAAAACGUUUGA